AUGUAUACCUCCUCCCCAGUUGUUAAGCUCGAACGAUUGAACAUCCAGACCUAUAAGGAACAAGCCUCGACAGAGACAGCAUUGGAGGAGAUUCACCAGAUUCGCGAGACAGAACCCGCUCUGGUGUUUGACCUGUUUGCAACUGCUCUGGAAUUGCCAAUACAAUUACGAGACAAGGCUCCGUAUUUAACGAGAUGUACCUCGGCGGUGGGCCUAGAGAAACACUCGAAGAGUAGAAGCGGUUGCACCGGUUUCGCAACCUACUGUACUGUAGCCGAUGGAAAGACUGCACCCGAAGAAGAGACAGUGCUCGAGGAAGAGACGGUGCUCGAGGAAGAGCCGGUGCUCGAAGAUGAGACUGUUGCCGUUGUUGAGAUCAUCGUCACAGAAGAUGAGCCAGUCGCGGUCAAUAACUCAUAA